GGACCAAUCAGGGAUGUCGUCAUGUAUGACGCAACUAUGACGUGUAAGUAUUGUGACGCAGGUAAACGAAGACGUGUGGACGUGUCCUCCCUCCUCCCAUUUCGAGUAUUUUUAACAACUCACCGUUGUUGUGAAGCAAUUUCGCGGAGCUCCGCAUAUUCGUGUGUUGUUGGAGAAUAUUUUUGGUCGGACCUGAUUAUUGUGGCAUUACGAAGUACCAAUGGCACCAACGAUUAAAACCUUCCUAAAUACGUUCAAUAACAGGCUAGAGGAACCUGUGAGACAACACCUGAAAAAUGUUUACGCCUGCUUGACAUUGUCAACCAUAUCAGCAGGUGUAGGUGCUUAUGUACACAUCUUUACAGAAUUGCUUUCCGCUGGCCUAUUUGCAGUUAUAGCAGCUCUGGGUCUUGUUACUGCCCUUGUGGCAACCCCUGAUAAUGGCAAGAACAGAAAAUUACGCCUUGGAUAUCUCUUGGGAUUUGCUUUUUUUUCAGGAUUGGGGAUGGGUCCACUCCUGGAGCAAGUUAUCAUGAUAGACCCAAGCAUAAUUGUCACUGCUCUGAUUGGUACUUGUGUUGUUUUCACUUCUUUUACAAUUUGUUCUCUUCUUGCUGAGCGAGGACGUUGGCUCUAUAUUGGUAGCACCCUAAUGACAGUACUUAGUUCAAUGCUUAUUCUAUCUCUUGCCAACAUUUUCCUCGGCUCAACACUGGUUUUCCAGCUUUAUUUGUAUGCUGGGCUGGCAUUGAUGUGUGGAUUUGUACUGUAUGACACACAGUUGAUAAUUGAAAAGCGUAGACAUGGAGACAAAGAUUUUGUUGGCCAUUCUGUAGAUUUGUUUGUAGACCUUAUUGGAAUAUUCCGUCGUCUGGUUAUAAUUCUGACACAGAAGGAACAACAGAAACGUAAUCGCAGAGACUGAAGUAUCCUCUAUAUUGCAAAAUACCAUGGAGUAUUAUGAAAUUUUGCAAUUAAUGUAUAAAAGUUCUAGUGUGAUACUGUAAAUUGUUUAUUGAUAAGUACCUUAUUUGAGUUUCAGAAAUGCAUUAUCUGGCAGGACUUUGUCAAAAUUUACAAUUCUUCCCUUACUUCAUUUUCAAACGAAAAGUAAAGACUAUUUCUAGAGGAUGAAAGAUUAGUGUAUGACCCUUCGAGAUAGGCUAAUAUGUAAUAUUACUGAAUACAAUUUUAGAAUGAUUGAAUUAAAGUACUCUGCCAAGCUAAUAUUUUGGAAGUGUGUAAUGUAAAAUAUUCCUGUUAUAUUACUGAAUAUUUGUACUCUGUAUAAUGAUACAAAUCUUUUGAAUAAAUUUUACUAUCCAUCCUUUGAAAAUUAAA